AUGGAGAGGAAGUACUUAUGUACCUGUACGAUACGAACGUGUACGCCUGGGAUCUACCUGGGUCUGGAAAGGGAGGAAGUUCCUCUGUGGGUGAUCCUCUGUCUUUUGACGCGCGAACGUUUGGUGGUGUUGGCGGUGGUGGAGAACGCAGUGUGGAUGCCGGUGGGGGACUUGGUGGCGAGGGUGGAGAUGGUGAAGGAGGUGGUAAUCGAGGGCGCUUUGGCGAUUUCGGGGGUGGAGGGAGAAGAGGUGACAGCGAUCGGGGAGGGGAGGGCGGCGUUGUGGAUAGCGAUGGCGAGCUUGAUUGCAGCGGCGAAGGUGGAGAUGGUGAAGGAGGUGGUAAUCGAGGGCGCUUUGGCGAUUUCGGGGUUCGAGGGGGAAGGGGUGACAGCGAUGGGGGAGGCGAUGGUGGCGAAGGACUUGGCGGCAGCGGUGGGGGUGGAGAUGGUGGUGAAGGUGAUGGAGGAGGGGAUGGCGGCAUCGGGGAUGGUGGCGAGGGACUUGGCGGCAGCGGCGGGGGUGGAGAUGGUGAAGAAGGUGAUGGAUGAUCGAGGGCGCUUUGGCGAUGGUUCGGGGUUCGAGGGGGAGAUGGUGGUGACAGUGAUGGGGGAGGGGAUGGCGGCGUUGGGGAUAGCGAUGGCGAGCUUGAUUGCAGCGGCGGGGGUGGAGAUGGUGAAGGAGGUGGUAAUCGAGGGCGCUUUGGCGAUUUCGGGGUUCGAGGGGGAAGGGGUGACAGCGAUGGGGGAGGCGAUGGUGGCGAAGGACUUGGCGGCAGCGGUGGGGGUGGAGAUGGUGGUGAAGGUGAUGGAGGAGGGGAUGGCGGCAUCGGGGAUGGUGGCGAGGGACUUGGCGGCAGCGGCGGGGGUGGAGAUGGUGAAGAAGGUGAUGGAUGAUCGAGGGCGCUUUGGCGAUGGUUCGGGGUUCGAGGGGGAGAUGGUGGUGACAGCGGUGGGGGUGGAGAUGGUGGUGGAGAAGGUGAUGGAGGAGGGGACGGCGGCGUCGGCGAUGGUGGCGAAGGACUUGGCGGCAGCGAUGGGGGAGGAGAUGGUGGUGGAGAAGGUGAUGGAGGAGGGGAUGGCGGCGUCGGCGAUGGUGGUGAGGGACUUGGCGGCAGCGAUGGGGGUGGAGGUGGUGGGGGUGAAGGUAAUGGAGGAGGGGAUGGCGGCGUCGGGGAAGGCGGCGAGGGACUUGGCGGCAGCGAUGGGGGUGGAGGUGACGUUGCAAGGCUGCUAG